CGAAAAUAAAGUUGUAGUAGUGAAUAAUUUUUGAAAAAUGGAAUCAAAAGUUGUUGUUGUGACCGGCGCCAACAAAGGGAUCGGUUUUGGUAUAGUACGCGGCCUAUGCAAAGGUUUCAAAGGUGUUGUUUACUUGACCUCCAGAAACGAAGAACUCGGUCAGAAAGCUAUAGCAGAACUAAAGAAAGAAGGUUUAAAUCCUAAUUACCACCAAUUAGACAUCACUGCGGCGUCGAGUAUAGAAAAAUUCAGAGAUUAUCUCAAAGAGAAACACGGGGGUAUUGAUAUUUUAAUAAACAACGCUGCAAUUGCUUUUAAAAACAAAGCUAUAGAACCGGUUGCUAUACAAGCAGAGCAGACUCUCUUUGUGAAUUACUUCUCUGUGCUUUCGACUUGUAAUGCAUUAUUUCCUAUUGUAAAAAAUGGAGGUAGAGUUGUCAACGUUUCUAGUUCAGCUGGCCUUCUCAAUAAUAUUCCUAGUCUAGCAUUAAGGAAGAAAUUUUCGGACCCAAAAUUGACAAUUGAAGAAUUAUCCAAUUUGAUGCGGCAGUAUAUAGAGGCAGCUAAACAUGGCACUCAUGCUGCAGAGUGGGGGAACUCGUCAUAUGUUGUCUCUAAAGUUGGAUUAACAGCACUGACAAAAAUUCAACAAAGAUUGCUUGAGAGCAGAGAUAUAAAAGUAAAUGCUGUACAUCCAGGGUGGGUGGACACAGACAUGAGUUCUCAUAAGGGUGUACUUACAAUUGAUGAAGGAGCAGAAGCCCCAGUGUACCUGGCCCUCGAAGCCCCAGACUCUGUGAAGGGGGAGUUGGUAUGGAAUGAUAAGAGAAUUGUGAGCUGGACUGGCAAUGAGACAAACUAACUGACUGAUUAUGGCACAUAAGUAAUGGAAAUAUAUAUGUAUAAUGUGAUUUUAAACUUGUAAUUUAUUACUGUAUCUACUUAUUUAAAUAGGUUUCUAACAGGUGUGUUGUUUACACACCAGGUCACAUGUUGAUCUGACCUCAUUGUUCUUAAAAACUACCUUCGAACAAUCAGGUUUUUUUUUUGUGGUAAAUGAUGCCUUCGAUUAAAUUUUGGUCCCGAUUGGUUAAGCCGUUUUGGUGUAGUAUCGUUACGAGUGUAAAUCUGAUCUCUAAGAUCGCUCCGCUAAGUUUCUACAAAUGGCUACGUCAUAUUUUUUUUAAUGGAUGAUAGUGUAAUGGUGCACCUGCUUGCGCUAACGGUUUACGCUGGCGGAACACCAGUGGAGAAUGAUAUGAUGAACAUGAGUUCAGGUCAGUUCACCUCUCAGUCAAUAAAAUUCCAAUUUUUCAUGAUGGUUACCAGAGGGAACCACGUGUAGAUCAACCUGACAUGGUACAUUGCUAGCAAUGGGGCUAUUAGUUAAAAACAAACGCCUUCUUCCUCCACACAGAACAACUAAUGUGAAUGAUGAGAUGGUUUCUGCUAUCUUAACUUUCUCGAAUAACUAUCAUUUUAGAACUGGAGUCAAGUUCACAUUUAACUUAUUAUUUACUUAAAUAAGUAAAUUUUGAUAAGGUUAUUACUUUAUCAAAAUAAUGUAUAUUAAUCUAUAUGGCUAUUUGAGACUUGUCUGUAAUGUCUUUGGACUUGGGUUUACAUAGUAAGUAUAUUAAAAUAUGUAAAACCUAUAUACCAAAGACAAUUAUUUAAUCAAACUAUUGUAUAGUACCUACUUAAUAUUAAGACGGCUAUAUUAUUCUACUUUAAUCUUUGUAACUUGUGAUAAUUAUUGCAUUUAUUAAUAAAA